AUGGCUGCCGUCAAGCCAGAACCGCCGGCGUCUGCGCCCGCGCCCGCGCCCGCGCCUACGCCGGGCAACCCCAACCUCGACGUGCUGCAGGGCAUGCUGACCCUGGUCCUCCUGACCGCCGGCCGCUUCAUCAAGGAGCACCAGGCCGGCGGCGGCACCGGCCGCAUGAAGCAGGGCCUGCAGCGCGCCGUGCCCGUCGCCAGCGAGCGCUUCCACGACGCCCUCGACGAGCUGGAGAACGACGUGCGCCUGUCCCAGGCCGUGCUGCGCCGCGACCUCGCCCUGCUGAAGCAGCACCGCCGCGAGCGCGAGGCCGCCGCGAAGCAGCACGAGGCCGAGCGCGCGCGCCUGGCCGCCGAGUCGCGUCUGGCCGUGGCCGUCCCCGCGAACCCCGCCGCCCCCGUCAAGCCUGAGAGCACCGAGCCCGCCGCACCGCCUGCGCCCGCGCCCCCGGUCGAGCAGCUCGCCCGCGCCGCCACGCCCGAGCCCGCAGCCACCGUCGACGAGCCGCCAGCGCCGCCGCCUGCAGCAGACCCCGCCGAGGCGCCGCCCGCAGACCCCCUGUUCGACGGCACGCCGACCGACUCGAACCACCAGGAGCAGGAGUUCGACUUCGACUUCGAGUUUGGCGACGCAAUGGCCGCAGCUGGCAACGGCAACAGCAACAACGCCGACGACAUGAUGGACAUGUCAGGCGACAUUGACUUCACCAUGGACGAGGGCCCCUCGCUGCUGCGCGGGCUGGAGGACUUUGCGAACGCCAAGAGCAACGACGGCGACAAUGCCGCAGGUGCAAACGCGGACCUCGACUUCACCAUGUCCGACCUGCCAGACUUGACCACCGACGCGAAGCCUGCGGCAGAGCUGCCCAAGCCUGCUGAACCUGCCCAACCUGCGAAGCCAGACCCUAAGCCAGUAGACGACACAAAAGACACCAAGCCUGUCCAGGAGGUGGCAGACACCAAGCCCACUGUCGACAGCAACGACACGUCCAACGACGAGCCUAUGGAGACCAUGACCACGGACAACCUGGACGAUCUUUUCAAUCUCGACGACUACGACAAUCCCGAAGGCGGCGACUCCGCCUUCAACGACGCCUUCUUCAACUUUGACUAG